AUCGAAUCCCUACUGUGUCUCUGCAAAUAGUUUUCCCUUCAUUUUAAAACGUUCAGUUGGAGAUGGGUCUCCCCAAAGCCAGUUUAAAAACGUUUUUCUUCUACUGGCUGGUAGCAGUUGGGCUAACGGCGGAACAAUCCACACCUUCGUUGAUAAAUGUCGGACAGUUGGAUCCGGCAAACUUGAAUGCUUCAUCGAUUUCCGAUUUAUCCGACUCCAUAAGCCAAGCAAUUUUUGGGUCAUCCAAAAUGGCAGGUACAUCAAAACCAGAAGCAAGGGAUGUUGAGAGCACCUAUAUUCGAGCGAGAAAUUUGUUAAUGAGAAUCCAGAUGGUCGAACGGGUCCGUAUAAAUGAUACUGAUCUAAGAGAGCAGGUCAUGAACGCCAUGCAGAUCGCGUUUAAAACGCCUUUGAAAAACACUUUAGGUCAAGCUGAACUAUUCUCAAAGAUCGUACCUUGUUUCUCAAGCUUAUCUGACGACAUCGAGAAAGCCGUCGAUGCUGAAAAGCCAACUUACGACAAAUGUCUGAAGGAAGCCAAAUACCGGAUACUGAAUUGCGUACAACCGGCAGGAGCCAGACUUAAGGAGGAAUUCAUCUCGCUUAAUGCAAACAUCAUGUCAUGCAUAAAUGAAAACAAAAAUUCGUCUUGAACUUAAUGCGUUAGUGAUCUAGCUGUGGAGUCGUAUUUGGCAGUCUUUUCAGCGUCUCGUUUAAAACUGGGAGCAAACUCACCAAGUAUAUUAUAUUUAAUUAAAAAAUUGACACAAGACUUAGUCAAAUUUAACUGAAA